GUCAACAACUCAAAUGUGGAGGUUUGGCGGUAACCACCGAAAUGUCUGCCAGAAAGAAACUAGACCUAAAACUGUCUCAAUUAACGCUGGAGGACGUCAUUUGUCCAAUAUGUCUGUCCAUUUUAGUCGAGCCGGUGACAAUGCCAUGUUCUCAUUCAUUGUGUAUGCCGUGUUUCAAGCAACAUGUAGCGGAAACAUCUCUGGCCUGCCCCGUCUGUCGAACUAGGAUAAGUGUUUGGGUUCGCCGUAACAAUAAAUCAAACCGUUUGAUCAAUAAUCGACUGUGGCAGGUGAUCAAGGAAAAGUUUCCUGAAAAAAUUGAAGCACGUCUUCAAGGAAAAGAUGACUCGGAUGAUGAAGGCAAGUAUUUAUUCUACAAGAACCAUGUGGUGUUUUCUGUGCUAGAUAUUUGCGUUACUAAGAUUACAAAGCAUAUAAGGUUAUAG